AUGUGCAAUGUACAGCAGGCAGAAGUGGCCCCCAGGCCGGGCCCCUCGGUGUGCAGGAGCCUGUUUGGACCGGUGGAUCAUGCCGAGCUGAGCCGGGAGUUGUACAGCAGGCUGCGGGAGAUGGAGGAGGAGAGCAGCCGCAGGUGGGACUUUGACUUCCAGAGGGGGGUGCCCCUACCCAGCAGCCGUUAUGUCUGGGAGGAGAGUGGGGAGGACUCGGUGCCAGCCGUCUACAGGGCACCCCACAGGGUGAGGAGCACCAGCAGCACCCUACAUGGCCCUGGUGUCACCCACACUUGCACCCAGUUCCAGCACCCAGCCUGACCCUAAUGCCAGCCGAUUGUGCCAAGCUGGCCAGCCUGACCCUAAUGACAGCCGAUGGUGCCAAGCUGCCCCUACUGCCCAGCCUGAGCCUAAUGCCAGCCGAUUGUGCCAAGCUGGCCAGCCUGACCCUAAUGCCAGCCAAUGGUGCCAAGCUGCCCCUGCUGCCCAGCCUCACCCUAAUGCCAGCCAAUGGUGCCAGGUGAUCCCCAGUACCAACAUCAACAGCACCCAGCCGACCCCCAGUACCAACAUCAACAGCACCCAGCCGACCCCCAGUACCAACAUCAACAGCACCCAGCCGGCCCCCAGUACCAACAUCAACAGCACCCAGCCGGCCCCCAGUGCCAGCAUUGAACUUGCCAACAGUACCCAACCUGCAACCAUUGCCCCAAGUGCCAGCAUUGAACCCAACAGGACCCAGCCUGCACUCAGUCCCAGCAGUGGACCCUGCAAGAGGAGCCACCCUGUGUCUCAUAUUACAGGUUUCUUUCCAGUGAAGAAGAAGUCAAAAGUUGUGCCGGCACUUUGUGACAAGUUACAUUCGAGGUCUCCCAUCCUGACAGAGCACACGCCGCGCAAGAUGCUCCGAUGA